CCUUCAAGACCGAGGCAGAGGCCGAAUAGGUCACAAAGAAAGGGUAGUCGCCGGAGAUGUGCCCGACCAUGAAGAAGACGAAAAACACCGCCUCCGAGGACACCGACGGUGUCGCGAAUAAUACGGUUACAGCCGAGGCCGUGGUGGAGGAUCCCUGCUAUGACUGGCGGCGUGAGGCGAUCGAGGGAGGCUCCCUUCGUCAUGUUGACCUCCACAAGGGCGUCAAUGGAUGGGCCUCUCCUCCUGGGGAUUUCUUCCAACUACGUGGCCCCAACUACUUCUCCCGCCACCAGAAAUGCCCUUCCGGCGAUUGGCUUCUCCGACCGGCCGGCGUCGACUGGCUCCGCUCCGUCAGCCGCCUUGAUAACGUCCUCGGCCGCCAGGACAACCGCAUCGCCACCGCUCUCCGUGGUGCCCACGCCCUCGGCCUCUCCCGCAAGGCUUUCCUUGUCGCGGUUAAUCUUCAGAUCCCCGGUCGUGAAUGCCACUCCGCCGUAUUCUACUAUGCCUCUGAGGACCCGAUCCCGCCCGGAUCCCUCUUGUACCGCUUCAUCCACGGGGACGACGCGUUCAGGAACGCGCGGUUCAAGAUCGUGAACCGAAUCGUGAAGGGCCCGUGGAUCGUGAAGAGGGCCGUCGGGAAUCACGCCGCAUGCCUCCUGGGGAAGGCGCUCAGUUGCAACUACCACCGCGGGGAGAACUAUCUCGAGAUCGAUGUCGACAUCGGCAGCUCUGCCAUUGCCAAUGCCAUUCUUCACAUCGCUCUCGGUUGCGUCACGGCGGUGACAAUCGACAUGGGCUUCCUCGUGGAAGCGCAAGAGGAGGAGGAGCUGCCGGAGAGACUUAUUGGGGCCGUUCGGGUGGCGCAAAUGGAGAUGUGCUCGGCCAGAUACGUGGAAACCAGACACGUCGGAAAGGGAGGAUGG